UUAGCACUCCAUGUCUCAUUCCACCACGAUCAAGCUUGCCGGGAGGGGGUUUCUGUUCAGUAGCUACAUAGCUAUUAUUUCAUUUGGAAACUUGAACGGAAUUUGUAUUUAUAUCGACCAUCGUCGCUUUAUUUAUUUAAAAUAAACGUUGUGGUCUCACUAACUUUAUAGGUAACUGCUGGCUGAAGACCGCAAUUUGUACAUUGAAGGAAAGCUAAGUUAACCUUACAGCAUAGCCAGCCGUGCUAACAAAGACAAUACUUUCUCUUAAAAAAUAGUCCUCACUACUCUCUUUAGUUAUGAGUCAUGUGGUCGUUGAUAAUCCACACGGUCUAGAUCAGCAGCUUGCUGCCCUAGACUUGAACUCUGCUGACGGGCAAGGUGGAGGAACUGGCAGACGUUACAUUCCACCACACUUGAGAAACAAAGAUGCCUCUAAAAAUGCAGGAAAUGCUUAUUCCGCUGGUAGACAGUGCGGUUAUUCAGUGGCACCAGUAAAUCUCUAUUCACCUGGAUGGGACAGUGGACGCAGCAAUGGAUUUGUGAAUGGCUACCAUGACAACCGUGCAAAUGGGGGCUUCGGCGGUCGAGGACCCCCUCGCAAUGAUAGAGGGGGGCGCAGCUCCUAUCGCGGAAACAGGGGUGGAAGCUCGUUUAAUCAACCAAUCCAAAAUGCAGCAUUUGGCAGUUAUGACAACAAAGAUGGCAACUGGGGAGGCCCUGCAAGGGAUGCUGCCUACAGUAGCUUUGGAGGACGUUCAGAUAGGUCCAAGACUGCCUUCUUCAAUGAUCGUGGGGCAGGAUCAAGGGGAAGGUAUGAGCGCGGGGGCUUUGCUGGUGGAGGAAACACCCGCUGGGUGGAAGAUUCCAGAGAUGACGAUUGGUCCAAGCCCACUGCUCCCAAUGAGCGCCUGGAACAUGAGCUGUUCUCUGGAAGUAACACUGGGAUAAAUUUUGAGAAAUAUGACGAUAUUCCCGUGGAGGCGACUGGAACCAACUGCCCACCUCACAUUGAAAGUUUCCAUGAUGUGGACAUGGGGGAGAUUAUCAUGGGGAAUAUCACCUUGAGUCGUUACACUCGUCCCACACCAGUACAGAAGCAUGCUAUCCCUAUCAUCAAGUCCAAGAGAGAUCUCAUGGCUUGUGCUCAGACUGGCUCUGGUAAGACUGCCGCUUUCUUGCUCCCAGUGCUGAGUCAGAUCUACACCGAUGGACCUGGAGAUGCUCUACAGGCAGUCAAGAGCAGUGGGCAGGAGAAUGGGAGAUAUGGUCGUCGAAAGCAAUAUCCAAUCUCCCUUGUCCUUGCUCCCACCAGAGAGUUGGCUUUGCAGAUUUAUGAUGAAGCAAGAAAGUUUGCUUAUCGCUCACGUGUGCGUCCUUGUGUGGUGUAUGGUGGAGCUGAUAUUGGCCAGCAGAUCAGAGACUUGGAGAGAGGCUGUCACCUGCUGGUGGCGACGCCUGGGCGUCUGGUUGAUAUGAUGGAGAGGGGCAAGAUCGGGCUGGACUAUUGCAACUAUUUAGUCCUGGAUGAAGCUGACCGCAUGUUAGACAUGGGUUUUGAGCCACAGAUCAGACGUAUUGUGGAGCAAGAUACAAUGCCACCUAAAGGCAUUCGCCAGACCAUGAUGUUCAGUGCCACCUUUCCCAAAGAGAUCCAGAUCCUUGCUCGUGACUUCCUAGAAGACUAUAUUUUCCUGGCAGUUGGGCGUGUUGGUUCCACUUCAGAAAACAUCACGCAGAAAGUGGUCUGGGUAGAGGAAACUGACAAGAGGUCCUUCCUUCUUGACCUGCUCAAUGCCACAGUUAUUCCCAGUGAGGUUCAGGAAAAUGUGACAGAGGCCCCAGAGAAACCAGGCAAAGACUCACUGACUCUGGUGUUUGUGGAAACCAAGAAAGGAGCAGAUGCUUUGGAAGACUUCCUUUACCAUGAAGGUUAUGCCUGCACCAGCAUCCAUGGUGAUCGAUCUCAGAGGGACAGAGAGGAAGCACUGCAUCAGUUCAGGUCUGGACGCUGCCCCAUCUUGGUGGCUACAGCUGUGGCUGCUAGAGGCCUUGACAUCAGCAAUGUGAAGCACGUUAUUAACUUUGAUUUGCCCAGUGACAUCGAGGAAUAUGUUCACCGUAUUGGCCGUACGGGACGUGUGGGCAACCUUGGUCUGGCCACGUCGUUCUUCAACGACAAAAACAGCAACAUAACCAAAGAUUUGCUGGACAUUUUGGUGGAGGCCAAGCAGGAGGUUCCGUCCUGGCUUGAGAGUCUGGCCUAUGAACACCAGCACAAGAGCAGCAACCGUGGACGCUCUAAGAGAUUCUCUGGUGGUUUUGGAGCGAGAGACUACCGUCAGACGUCUGGUGGCUCUGGAAACUUCAGUAGCAGCCGUGGAGGGCGCAACACUGGAGGCCACGGAGGAAACCGUGGCUUUGGUGGAGGUGGUUUUGGUGGCAACUUCUACAGCAAUGACGGCUACGGAGGAAAUUACAGCCACUCUGGCAGUGUGGAUUGGUGGGGCAACUAAUCACCAUAGGAAUAGGUUGCCAUGCCAGCCCAACCCAAUUGAAACCACAUGUUAACUUAAACCAGACCAUAACAGCCCUCCCUGUGUAGCUUCACUGACAUACAGUACAUUACCAACCCUGGUUCUCUGCCAUUUGCUUCUCUCGAAAAGGAAGUGCAGCACGGCGCAAAGGAAAGUUACCAGCAUGUGCAAUGCACCAGAGGCCACAGAGAUUUGCACACCUCAGAGUGAGCAUGGAUGCUGACAUGCAUUGUCUGAUAGCAACUUCGGACUUUCAUUGUUAAAAAGUAUUUUUGUUUUUUUUUGUGGGGGGGGGGAAACAUUUGAUUAACCUGAGGAUCAUUUGUAUGUUAAUGUACUGUGCCUUUGGAAUUUAAACAGGAAAUCUAUACGUUUUCAUUUCACCGGAUUAACCUGGCCAAGAGCUCUAAAUUAGAUUUUACUGUUUUCUUUGGUGAAAAAUAUUUGAAAGGUAAAAUGAGCUUGGACUUAAUCAAACCUUGGCAAACACUGGGGUCACUGAGUCUUGAUUCCAUUUGAACUUAAAAUUUAUUGCAGGAAUAUCAUGAAGUCUUUUCUAUAGUCAAACAGCUAAUGGAGCCAUUACUAUGUCUAAUACAAACUGGGCCAUUGGGGUCAAAGGUUUUUUGUUUUGUUUUUUUGUUUGUUUUUUGCUCACUCUAUCCUGGACAGGCUCCUUUUUAUGGACAUUAUAGUCUUUGAAAUAGCCAUUCCUAUAGUAAUCUUAAGGAACACAAAGUCUUUAAACUCAAUGCCAAUAAUUGCUGAGGUUUAAACAAAAUAAUUACUGCUGGAACUUGUUACUCCACAUUUCUCAUUGACUUGACAGUGUUACGGCAGCUAGUAUGUUACCAAGUGCUAGCUACGUUAAGUGGGCGGUGUUUUUUGUUUAUUUUUUUUCUUGAGACAUUUUUGGUGCAGGUGUGUACAAAAUUGAAAAACUGAGUCAGUUUUUUGAUUUUUGAAUUGUUUCUCUACAAAUAUGUAUCAAAACAAAAAAUGCCUGCCAUCUUGAAAGUGAAGUUCAGAAUGGCUGGAUAAAGGACCACAGCAUCGGGGGGCAUAGCGUGGUGUUAGUGUUUACCGAAUCGACCGGCAACCAUGAGCCCCAGAUGGUAUUCUACGCUUGCAAGUGUUUUGUUUUUUGGUCAAGGAGAAAGGACACAUGGACUGAGUCGCAGGCUUAACUUAAUUACAAACGUUUUCUCUUUUCAAGCUGCGUUGGAGGCACGGUUCAUCUUUGAGAGAGGCAUUUGAAUGAUCACUGAGGUUUAUCAAUUAAACAGCAAGAGCGGAGCAGAGUAGAGCAGCACUCCGAGCACUGGGAUUAGCAGAACGGGAGUAGGCGUGGGGCACGGUUUUCAGUGCACCACCGUUGUCAGUGUCUUUGGGUUUCCAUUGCUGUAUAAUGUAACUGGAGAUGGCCAAAGAUGGAGGACUGUCCACUUCCUUAUGAAAUGGUAAAGUACUGUCAAGUCUUCUGGAAGUAAAUCUUGUCAGAGAUGUAUAAAAAAAAUCUGUGGCUUCAUAACGCCAGAACAGGCUUUUCCUCUCAAAGAGGAGCAGCCAUUGAGAGGAGAGAUGGGGCGUUUCACCUCCCAAUUUUCUCAUCGGGUGUGUUGUGCCUUGAACCUUUUUUAAGAAAUUGAACUAAAGCAGAUGCACUGACAGUGUUGAGAACUCGAGAUUGAAUGGUGCUACUUGAUUUAGGUGUGUAGGCCCUUGUUCGUUGUGCCCAUCAAGUUUUACAAAAGUUAUUUUAUUGCACAUCUAGAGUUUUAUAUAGAUGUCUUGGAUAUGUGUCCUUAAGCUUCCAAAUAUUGUGUGUGAGGAGAUUGAGGGGGAGAAAAAAAACGCAGCUUGUUUACAAAGGGGAAGGGUUCUCAACAUUUAAACCAGGAUUUAUUUGGGACCAGGGGAUUUAGCAGUUGGGGGAAUUUAGCCAUUUGCACAGAUUUCUAGAUUCUACUUUUGCUGCUAGUUUUGUGUAAUUUAUUAAGCAUUUUUGACAAAUAUUUAUUUUUCUAAGCCUCAAAGUGAUUCUUUGAAAGUUUCAGAAACUUGACCAAAAGACAGUACAAAAAACACUGGCACUUGAAUGUUAAUGUCACCUGUAUGCGUGAAAUUUAUAUAUUUCCAGGUAGUGUGAGCUUUUUAAUGUUUAAGAUACAUUGGACUCAGUAAAUAUCCACAGCUGUUCCAGGGCCUCCUCAGGGCCAAUCAUUUCUACUAAAUUAUAAUUGGUCAGCAAAAUUUGAAAUAAAAUUGAACAACCAUGCCAAGGUUUGGAAUAUAGCUGCCAAAAGAGCAAACAAAUUUCCUAAGCAUAUCAGUGCAGAAGUGUCCAGAUUCUCCAGUUCUGUGCAUUAUUGAUUCUUUACUCUAAUUUGACCUGAUAUUUUUCUCCAGUGAAUGUCUGGCACAUGGCAAUCCUUAAAGAAACAAACAUGUGGUUUAUUCUCAUUGUUGCAUAUGACACCUCCUUGAAUUCUCCUUGAAUGUGGAGCCAGUCUGCAGCGUCCUUUCCAAGGCCGCUGUUGGAAUUUCAUUGGAUGAACAGAAGGUUCUGUACAAGUUGUUGCAAUUUAAGACUUGUUUCACAUUCUCCAGAGAACCCUAGAGCUCUAUAGAUGUAGACUUUGCUUUUUGUAUUACCUUAUAGGCUACUGCACUGCAUGGGAAAUACUCAGCUGUGCAAAUGUAUGAUUUUACCAAAAUAAAAUGUUUGAAUGCAAAAGUAUCUGGAAAAAUCAAGCAUGUUUCAUGAAGACUUGUUUACUGUAGUUGUGCAGAUAAGACCUGUAGCAAGUAGCCUGUUGCUUUGUGUGGAUACAAGGCAGAUGGGCUGCAACAUUCGAUUUGAAAUAUAUUGGAUGGGUUUCAUUUCUUUUGGAAAAAUAUAAAAAUUGUAUUUGUAAAUUCAA